UCAAUUUUUAAUGCCCUCUCCGAUCCCGCCUCCAUGAGGCUCCACUCUUCACAUUUUUAUCGAUAUUUUGCGGUUUAAGUGUUUCUUUUAUUAAGCUAUCCUGGGAGUGAUCCGCUGUACAUAAAUUUUGUUCGUCGUCGUUUUCCGCCUGUGUUCCAGAGGCGAGCAAGUGGUACAAGCCAGCGCUUGGAACUGUGGCCCACAUAGUGGAACUGAAGACCAUAAUUUUAGCAUUGAUUGAGCACAACAAGAGACAAAAGCAAAGACGCAGCUGAUGAUCCACUCUGUGCUUCUCGUACCCCUGCGUCGGUAACUAACACUGCUACUGCUCUGGCAAGCACACCUUAUUGUCUUGGACGGUUUCGUUCGGGGAUCCGUCGGUACACGGCGCUACACGCGUAGUCGGGUUAGAAGAGCAUUGAGAAAACACGACGGUGCAAACUGCAAAGUGUGUUGCAUGGCCCGUGCAGUGGUACCACUGGAACACUGAAAAUGGGACUGUGACGAACGACUCUGGUAAGAUCCAGUAGUGGUACAAGGACCCUGUGUGGAGUAAUCUCCAUUGCGACAUUCCUGAGUGCAGGAGCGGCUGAGGCGCUGAGCGGCAGCCAGCGAUCAUCCACAGCACUUCCACAGACCCCAAUUGACCAGUUAGUGAUAGCACGCAGUUACGCCUGUGUGCCUCGGGGGUCGGUCACUUCUAAUCAGUUCAUGUGUGGUGAUCUGGCUCGGCACAUUUUAUUGUGGGAGGAAAUCGGGAGUGUCUGCGGUUGCUACAAGGACGUGUGAGCCACUGAGCAGCCGCCCCAGGGCGUGGUCUUCCUGGUUUGCUCAUCCCCAGCGUGCUCCAUGUCUCCAUCCGCCGCUGCGCUGUGCGCCUGCCUCUUCGCCUUCCUCGCCUGCGGGGUGCCAGUGCAGGUGGAGGCUGACUCUGCCGUUGUCAACAUCAGUUACCGAGCCACGCGGGACUUUCCUCCCGCCGGCAGCCCGGCGUCGCCGCAAGAGCAGCGCCUCUUUGUCUCCUACUGUGCGGCCUACAACCCAGAUUUGUCCCGGCUGCCCCCCGCCACUCAACAGGAGUGGAGGCGGUUGAAAUAUGUCAGUGAGUUGGAUUUAUGUGAUGAUCUCAGUCCGUCCGCACAAGUGCCCGCAACGGCCAAUUUCUCCGGACAGUUCCUAGCCGGACUGCGCUCUAACUGCAGUGCUUCCGAGCAGGGCUCCGCUGCGGAGAAGCGGGGAGCGUUGGGGUUGCUUAUCGGCAGCACUAGAGUGUUUUUGCCGGGACAGCCGAACGCCUCGAUGGCGGGCCGGAGCACGUUCCCCGUUCUGGUUAUGAAGCGGAAGCAUCUAGAAGAACUGGAGGCGCUGCCCUUCCCCGAUACCUGGCAGAUUGCCGUGCACGCACUGGAGGACACUUACUCAGUGGAUGGUAGUGGCAUCUGCUUGAUCGUCUUAGCUUUACUGGUGAUCGGCAUCGGCUCCUACCGCUCUGGAACGCACAGGUUAAAGUCUAUCGAAGAUGACCAUUUGCGAAAGAGUGCUCAGUCCGACCAAGAAGCAACAGGGAAUGCUGAGGCAGCCGCCAAAACGGUUGACAGUGACAGCGAGCGCGCUUCUGUCAGUUUUGGACCGAUUGCCGUGGUCGUUUUCGCGCUCUUUAUGGCCGGUUUGCUGGUGUUGAUGUACUUUUUUUACGAGUACCUAGUUUUCGUCUUCAUCGCUCUCUUCACGUUGGGUGCCACAUCGGGCAUGUACGAAUGCUUCAGACCGCUGCUCACCUGGACUGACCGUUUCGCUUAUCGGAUCUCCAGCGGAAGAGUGGAUGGACCGAUGUAUAAAUGCUGUGGGCCGUCCGUUGACGUGCGUGGCGUGUUGCUGCUUCUGGUCAGCCUGUCUCUGUCCAUCGUGUGGUUGGUCUUUCGCAACGCAUCCUUCAGUUGGAUCCUGUUGGAUCUGUUGGGCAGUUUCUUGUUGAUCAGUGUCCUUUCUGGCAUCCAACUGCCCAGUCUGAAGGCCUGCAGCAUUUUCCUGUGUCUGUUGUUCGUUUACGACGUCUUCUUCGUCUUCAUCACACCGCUGCUGACCAAGGACGGCCAGUCGGUAAUGAUUCAAGUGGCCACCGGCGGUGGCGGAUACGACCCGACCAAGGACAGCGGCGGCGGUGGACCGGGCGCUGCACGCGAGGUCAUUCCAGCUGCCUUCAAAAUCCCCCAUAACGUGUUUGGGAGUGGCAGGAGCCUCUGUGAGGAUUUAUUCGAGGAGCCGAGCUAUUCUUUGUUGGGCUUCGGAGACGUCAUGGUGCCCGGCUUUCUUUUGUCCUAUCUGCGCAGUUUCGAACUGGUCAACAAAACUCCACCGGUUUACUUCCUCUGGGGAUGCAUUGCCUAUUUGGUCAGUUUGGUGGUGACGACGGUGGCAUUGAUUCUGAUGCGCACAGGACAGCCAGCUCUCCUCUACAUCGUGCCCAUUUUACUGUUGACCGUUGCUGUUAUUGCGUGGAGGCGGAAAGAGUGGAGACUCCUGUGGACGGGGAAUUUGUCUGGUUUGUAUUCUUCAACACACCAAAGCCAUGGCUGGUCAGCCGAAGACGGUCUUACGGUGGAGGAUCCUUCGCGGCGGCUGUCUUCCUCCUUCUUAAUACCUGACAACGAAGCACGCGUUCCCACAACAACUUAGACAGUCUGCUGAUGUCAGCUGUUUUGCUAUAUUGUAAUUAAUCAUUAACUGAUUUUCUGUCGGAGGUUGUUGUAGCACCUGUAAGGCUAAACACAGUCGGCAUCAUUGAUGCAGUACUGCAUGUCAGCGUUCUCUAGCGAACUCGAACUUUUUCAGUUUCCUUGAACUGUGGUAGCUUUUCUCUGCUUGACCCGAGUGAAUGUUGUUGACUGUACUCAAAUAUGAUCUGUGAUGCAAAGUGCCAACCUAUAACAAAAUCUGCUAACAAAAUUUGUUUUU